GUAUUGUUACACACAUUUUGUUUGGCCAAUGGCUUCCCUGCUUAUUCACCUCUCUCCUAUCCUUAUUCUCCAUCACUUAAUUAUCCUCCUCAUAUUGAUUCAGAUACCUCCAUAUUCAAGCUCCAAUGAUGAUUAUAAGGAUUGUACUAAUCCGAUCAGUUGUGGGAGUAUAACAAACAUAGGUUUUCCAUUCUGGGGAGAAAACCGCCCUAGAGAGUGUGGCCACCCUCUGAUGCAACUCACCUGCGUAAAAGCCACCAGCUACAUAACCAUUAAUGAUGUCAGGUACCAGGUUUUGGAUGCAAACCCUGAUAAACAUACUUUGAGAAUCACUAGAGUGGAUUACUUGCGAGACUUGUGUCCAAUACUACAUGUCAACACCAACCUUGACACUCAUCUCUUUGUUUAUGAUUCAAACUACAAUAAUCUUACCCUUUCCUAUGGUUGUGCUCCUUCGAUGAAUAGACUCCCUUGUAAUGAGGGUUCUAGUGAAUAUGUUUAUCCUCAGUUAGGGUCUCUCCUCCCUCGACCAUUUUGCACAGCAAGUGUGGUUGUUCCAGUUUCUCAGUCAUUGGUUGAUAUUAAUGAUUUCAACCAAGUAGACAAUGCAAUCAUGGAAGGAUUUGUGGUGAGAUGGAUAGUAGGAAUUGAAGAAUGUGACAGGUGUAAAACAUCAGGUGGAGUAUGCGGUUUUGACUGGUAUGCAAAUCAAACAUGUUACUGCAGAGAUGGAGCUUGUUCUAAUUUCUUACCAGAUGCCAAAGCACCUUCAGAUUCAGACAAAAUAAACCAACUGUUUGGUUGGUUGAGUUGAUUCCAUUGUAAACCCCAUCCACAAUGGCUCUUGAUUUAUCAUGUUGGUCAAAGUACACGCUGGUCUUAUUCCUUGUGUUGUGCCUUAGUCCAUGCUAUUGGCUUUUGGUAGUUCUCAAGUCACAAACUGAAGACACUUUCAUCUUAAUUUUUUUCCACACG